AUGGAGAACGGCGUACGGGCGGGGCUCCAGCAGCAGCAGGCGGCGGGCGGAGGAGGAGCAGGAGGCGGCUGGGUGCUGGUGCAGGCCCGGCUGCAGGGAGGAGCACCGUGGGGCUUCACCCUGCAGGGCGGCCUGGAGCACGGGGAGCCGCUCAUCAUCUCCAAGGUGGAGGAGGGUGGUAAGGCAGACAGGUUGGAGCAGCCGCUGCUGGUGGGGGAUGAGAUUAUUGUCAUCAAUGAUGUGGAGCUGACUGGAUACAGGCAAGAGGCCAUCGCUCUGGUCAAAGGAUCGUACAAGACUCUGCAGCUCACCGUACGCAGGGAGUUCGAUCCAGGAUACAUUGAGGAGUUUGGUACUUCACAUCCCCCGAUCCCUGCUCUUCCUCCUCCUCCUCCUCCUCCUCCUUCUCCACCACCACCACCACCACCACCACAACAAACACCACCGUCAUCACGUCACAGACCAUGUUCUGCAGGAGGAGUCCAACUACGCAUCAAAAACCGACGCAGUGAGCAGGCGUCUCGUCCUCACUCGUGGCAUUCGACCAAACUGGCUGAAGGUCAGCAGCAGUCAGAUCAAAGAGGGAUGGAAACGAUGAGCAGCGCCUGGCACCACGGCUACCAUGCCAGUGCCUCGACCACCGACCUGUCAGGCGGGUUUGACUCUGGCAGCAGCUACCUGAGGAAGAGUCCGGACCAGUACAGCUCGAGGGGCAGCAUGGAGAGCCUGGACCCUCCUCAGUCCUCCCAGCAUCACUCUGGAGCUCAGCACCACCACUCACUGGGCCACCACACCCACAGUGGACCCCACCCGGCCUAUUCCUCCUGCCACCAGCUGUCCUCUGCCAGGUCCUCCAACAGCAUCGACCACCUCCACAGCAAACGAGACUCUGCCUACUCCUCCUUCUCCACCAGCUCCAGUAUCCCAGAGUACCUCGCCUCCACCCCGUCCUUCAGCCCAGAGCGCUCCUACUCGCUGGAGACUGUCCCUCAAAGAGAAGGAAGAAGUGGAGAGAUGCAGCAGGCUGACAUUUGUUACGUCAGGACGGUUUACGACCCCCAGCAGUGCCUAUCUCAAGAGCACGAGAUGAGCUCCACCUCUGUCGCGCUGCUACGUAACAGCGAUUCCAGAGGUGGGGGCGGGGCGAGGUCAGGGCAAAGCCGGGAGCUACAAGGUUCAGCGGGUGGGGUCUGUUACCGUGGUAGCAGCAGUGGUAGCAGCAGCAGUAGUGGCAGCAGCAGAGAUGGUGUACCAGCAUCAAACAGACACAGUGUGGGUCCCAUAUGGGGCCCCGCAACCAGCCGCAGCUCCUAUGAGAGCCUGAGGGGGGCGCCAGCUCCACCCAGGCGCAGCGACAGCUACGCAGCCAUCAGGAACCACGAGAGACCCAACUCAUGGUCCAGUCUGGAGCACGCCCGGUCACUACGAUCUCUGCAGAAAGGUGCCUACCAUCACUCCAGCGGAAAUGUGGCCUCAGGUAAAGGCUUGUACGGCGCUGAGGGUCAGCUCCACACAGUGAUAGAGAAGAGUCCAGAGAGCAGCCCCACCACCAAGCCCCGGCAGGGUGGAGGCUUUUCCCAGCCCCCUUCCCCAACUGGACCCUCCUCUGGACCUUCAGGCUCCAUCCCGCCGUCAGGCCGACUCAUUCUGCCCACGGGCAUGUACCCGGUCCCCCAACUUGAGCCCCACUAUGCACAGAUGCCCAGUGCCAGCCAUGGGCCAGGAUCCUCGGGAGUCUACCCCGCCCUGGCCAAGGAGAGCAGCCGACAGCAGCAGCAGCAGCAGCAGCAGGGCAUGGGAGGGAGAGAGGAAGGAGUGAUGGAGAGGCGUAGGGAUGGAAGGAUAUCAGCUACGGAGAAUGGAUACCAAAACAACACUUCUUCCCUAUACCCGUAUCCCUCUUCUUCAACAUCUGCCUUUACACAACUCAAGACUCAAGCACACGAGGCAGACAGGCAUCAACAGGAGGAGUCAAACUCUGACCACUACCGACCCCUCAUGAAAACUGCCGGUGAGGGAUCAGAGGAACAAACAGGGGCCCAAAGGCCCCCGAAUCACCAGGGACCUCACGGCCAGAGCUUCCAAGGCUCCCACAGUCAAAGAAGCCAGAGACCCCACAGCCAAGUGUUCCAGGAACAGAUUCAGGAUUACCAUACUGCCCACAUCCAAUCGACUGCUGGACUCAGGCCCCAAUCCUCACAAGACUGUAGGGACUCCUGCAUGCCUGUCCAGUCCAGGGUAGAGCGCAGAAGGUCAAUGGACCAGACAAGCACUCAUUCAGAGCCGGUGGCGUCCCCCAGGCUCGCCCAGGGACAAAUGCCUCCUACUCACUUCCCUGUCCACCCUCAGCCUCAGGCUCCACACCCCUCCGCUGCCCAGCCUCCUCCACGUCACCACAGUGACUCAGUAGCUCUUCAAUACCAGCAUUGGGACCACAUAGAGCGGGACAAAGACCGAGAACACCCACUGACCCGUCUGGAGAUCGCCCUUGCCGAAGUCCAGCGAUGCACCAGCCCCACCAGUGUCGUCUCAACCAGUAGCCACGGUAACAGUAGCCAUGGUGAUGGCAGCCAGGGACCUGUCCGCAGCCUCUCUGUCCUGGAGAAGGUCAGUCGUUUUGAGCGUCGGGAACGGACCGGAAAACACCGCAGUCAGAGCACCACCAACGCACAAGACAAAGGCACCCAUUUGAGGGUGGCUGAGAAAGGACGCAGCUCUCCGUGUGGAGCAGAUGACCUCAGAAACAUGCUGGAGAGAAGCAACAGCAGGACCAAAGCCCAUAGGACUAUGAGCUACAGAGGAGGCAGCAGUGAACACACGAAAUACAGAACCCCAGCAGAUCCCAAUUCAGCGCUCCAGAGGAGCCGAAGCACCUUCCAGCUGGACGAAUCAAGAGAGGUUGACAGCAGGAAAGACUUCCCCCGGACACAGGACAUCCAAGAGAUGCUGGGAACCAUGCAGGACACGUCCUACAACAGAACUUACAGGGACUCUUUGAAAGACGCCCAAUCCAAGGUCCUGCGGUCCACCUCCUUCAGACGGAGAGACCUCAGCUCCUCAAUCAGUCCUCCACCACCUGCAGCUCCUCAUCAGCCUCCACCUGUCCUUGCCAAGCACCACUCCUUGGAGAAAAAAGGCCCCAAAACCAUGCCCAAACCUCAGGGCAUCAUCAUCACGCCACAGUCACCACAGUCGCCACCACCAGUCACAACCCCUCACACCCCUAAGGAGCGAUUUGUUGUCAGCCCAGAGACCCGAGGCCCAAGUCCUCCAGCCCUCCCCAGUGUCCCGGCGGUUGGACCUCCUUCUAUGUUGCGGAUCUGCGGCCGAAAGCGUCUGACAAUGGACCAGAAGAAACGAUCAUACUCAGAGCCAGAGAACAUGAAUGAGGUCGGGGUUUCAGAUGCGGAGACGGCUGCCCUAUUCAGGCUUGGAGGAGAGACCAGUGUGGCAGAUCGGCGGAAGAUGUUUGAGCUUGUGGCAAGUCGUGUCGGGGGUGGAGCUCUGCAAAAUGCCACAUCAAGGCCUGACUUGCGGCAGCUUCAGCAAGACGCUCUGGCUGAUUAUGUGGAGAGGAAGAGAGGUGUGAAAAGAGACAAUGGAGGACAAAGGAGUGGGACGAGGCCACGUAGUGCUUAUCUACAGCCUGAAUACAGCAACAAUACAGUUUCCUCCUGUCACUCAGACACCCUCAGCCUCUCUUCCAGCUCCAGCCUGCUCUCCCUCCAGGACUCUGGUGCAGACCAAAACUUUUCCUCUGGAGAGAGGCGUCUCUUCUCCCUCCACCAGUCCAACCUCUUCUACCCGGGCACGGUGACCAUUCCAAGAGCUCCAGUGCACCCAUCUAAUAGUGUUCCCUCUGGCUCCCAUUCUGAGCCCCAGGGUCAGGUUCCCCAGGCCCAGGUCCCCCAGGAUGUCACCCGUGUAGCUGGGUUCAACAGACACAGUCUAUCCUCCAGGAGAGAACUAGGUCUUGACCCCCAGCAGCUGGCCGCAGAGCCUCAACUCAACCUGGGACUGUCAAAGCAGCUCAACGGAGCUCUGCAGAGAGCUGGAUCAGCUCGGGGCUCCGGGAAGUCGGCUUCUGCUGAAGAUCUCCUGGAGAUAACCGAAGAGAGACAACUGACUCCUCAACAUUACCGCUCCCGCUCCAACCCCACAGUAGAGACACUGAACCAGGACUUCCCUCAAGGUGACGUCAGCAUGUAUGGGGUCUUCACCUCUGAACCUGGACAUCACUCUCUGGCUGAGGACAGACCUGCAGAAGUCCAGCUCUCUGGCAAUCUCGUCUCUCCUCAAUUCUCUCGAAGUCUAAGCGCCGUCCAGUCUGCAGGACCGUCGGAAGAUCCAGGCUCCGCCCACACUCCUGUCACUCGUAGGGAGCGACAGAGGAACAGUGAGCGGCAGCGGGCCCACAGCACCGCCACCUUGGCGGCCUCUGUUGGCCUGCCCUGCCCCCUCUCCCCAUCGGGGAUUCAAGAUAGCGCUGAGUGGCAUGCUAGCGAGAGGCUGAGCCAGGCCAACCUGGAUGCCAUCACUUUCCCAGGCAUCCCGCAACCGAGCACAGGUGACAGUGAAGGAAGUAACACUACUGACUACAAUGAAACCCUGGUGACGGUCAGACAGACAAGACACAGUUUGAGUGAUGCCACCAUAUUAGAAGACACUGUCAAGGACACGUUUAGAGGAAGAGCCUUCAGUUUAGAGAGGACAGGAUGGUAUUCUGCAGAAAACGGCAAACAAGUUUCGCCAGUGCCAGCAGCCCUGCCCGAUGUCCAGCUUGCAACCCCACCAAACAUGGACGGCAGGGCCAUCACGCCGUCUCCUCCCCCAUCCUCCCAUCCGUCCAUCCCCCGGCACCUGUCCUCACUGCGAAUCUCAGAGUCCAGCUUCUUCAGCAUAAAUGACCAGCAGCAACCUCUCGAGUCCUCGAUAGGCCUAUCGCAGGAAGACUUUGACGAGGUCUUCCUCCAAAAUCCUGCUCCUCCAUCACCUCCUCCACCAGUCGAAGAGACAAGUAUCUUGGAGGAUUUCCCUCCUCCUCCUCCUCUUCCUCCUCCUCCUCCUCCUCCCCUGGACUUGGAGCAGGAAGCUGGACACCAGACUGCAAGAAGUCCUAGCAUGGAGGACCUAAACAGCUCCAUCAUUGACACCAGGAAAUCAUCCCUCCACUCUCCUCCAGUGUCCCCUUCCCCCUCCAUCUCUCCUGCGCCUGUGCCCAUCCUCCUAACUUCCCCUAAGACACAGCCUUUCCCCAUCACCACAUCCACUGAGGACAGCCUAGGUCUUGAGUACCAGCCACUACCCAAGAGGGAAAAAACAUCAGAGGAGCUUCGAGUGGAGGCGCUGGCCCGGCAGCUGUUGUUGCAGGACCGCUCUCUGGUGCCCCUCCUGGACACAUGGGGGGGUAAAUCCACUGUAGAGCUAAUGGAGGAGAUCUUCCCAAACAGCAGACUGGUUGGUAAAUCACCAUGGCAACGAAGGGGCAGUAGCAGAUUGGAUGACAGGAUCCAAGAUGGCGUCUGUGAUCCCUCUCAGAGCAUGACGACUAAUGAAGGGAAGGAGACGGAUCUGGAUGAGGAUGAGAAAGACCUGAACACUAGGAAGGUGGAGUUGUGUGAGGCUCUGAACCACAGUGUGGCAGCUCUCAGGCAGGAGAAGGAGGUGCUGUGUGGGGAGCAGAGAUGUCACCAGGCGCUGGGGACGAGCAUUGAAACCCUGGUGCAGGAACACCUCAAAACCAACGAGAAGGACAAGUACAGCAUGUUCAUCGGAGAUCUGGAAAGGAUUGUGAACCUGCUGCUGUCUCUGUGCAGCCGGCUGUCGAGGAUCGACAGAUCUCUGCUGGCUCUGGAGAGAGAGGAGCUGACACAAGAGGACGCAGCAGAAGAGAGGGAGUCCCUCCACCACAAGCGCUCUCUACUCCUCGGUCAAACUGAAGACGCCCAGGAGCUGAAGGAGAACCUGGACCGGCGGCAGCGCGUGGUCCACGCCAUCCUGUCCGGCUACCUCACCGAACCGCAGCUCCAGGACUACCGGCGCUUCGUCAGCACCAAACCCUCCCUUCUGAUUCGCCAGCGGCAACUCGACGACCUCAUACGGCAGGGGGAGGAGCAGCUGACUCGAUUGGCCGAGAGCCUGCCGCAGGAGGUGGCGGAGGCUCACGGGUGGUCCAGAGGGUGCCUGUUCUCCUCGUCGGGCCCCAGCCUCUGCUCUUCCCCUUUUCAACCGCUGCUUCCACCCACUGUGAUUCCAGGCCCCUCCCACUUAGUCAGGUCCACCACUGUGACAUCACUGUGAUGUCACGGACAGGCCGCUAUUAGUGGCAGUGAAGGAUGGGAAAUGAAAAAGAGACAACUGGCUCCCUAAAACUUGAGUGAAGGAGCUUUACAUGAAGGAUGAGCGGGCCUGGAACAGGCUCGGCUCACACUCAAACUAUGCACGCUUCACACAAUGUGCCUCGUUCUAUUCACACGUGACUUUACGUUACACCUUAGCAUCAGCAACCAGCGCUGUGUGGAGUAAACUGCCUGCUGCCAAUAUUUCUAAUGACCCUCUGCUCUGAAAAGUGAUUUCUAAAGGACCACCAGGUUUUGUCAGGUUGGACGUUCAUCAUCAAAUACUAGAAAUAUACACAAUACAAAGGACAAUUCCAGUGUUAUUGGUCAUUUCUUGUAGUUUUUACAGCUGUUAUCAUGUUCGAAAUACUUAUUAUUAUACUUUCAAUAUCUAAAUAUUCUAAAUAUCUCAAGAUGCAUUUUCAUCCACCAGGUUGUUUGUUUUUUUGGCAAAAAAUCAAGAAAUUUUUCAUCUGGCUGAGGUGGAAAGGUUGGUGUAUAGAUAAAAUCUAAAAUGCAAAAAAAAAAAGUGUAACGGAAACAGAUUUAGCAAAUAAAUAAUGACAUACAUGAACUUGAACUUUCAAAUCAAAUCUCAUAUUUUCAUCCAGUUUUCACUGUGGCCUCUAUUUUCUGUAAUCUGCUUUUAUUAACUGCUAAUAAUCACAUAUUCAAUUCUUUUUGCAGAUUUUCACAAAAUUCUGGUAAAAUUUGUGAAACACUUGGAGGGAGAGCUGACUCAGUAAGAAUGAGAGCAGUGAUGCUCUGUAGCAUAGCUGUAAUUUAUGUUAAAUAUUCAAGAUAGAUAAGAAAAAACCCACAUUUCCAGAAAUAUUACAGAUGGUUUAAUCAAACUGACCAUAAUCCUGGUGCAGAUACUAUAGGUAAGACAGCAGCCUCAAUUAAAAGUAAAAAGGAUAUACAUUUUAUUUUUUAAUGUCAAGAAAAACUCUCGCUGGAAUUGUCCUUUAAACAGCCCUGAUGAUUCUUUCAGGAACCUCCAGGAGUUUCUGAUGACAAGACAAAGUGAGCAGGUGUUUUAUCUCCCAAAGACAAAUUAUUAUCAUCUUUACAAUAACAUAUGAUGAUUUUGUCAUCUUGUCAAACUCUUCAGAGAUUUAUGGCCAGAUCAGCUUAUGUACAUGUACAGUUAACUUACAAAAACAACACCAAAAUCUGGGGGACACUGUUUUUUAUUUCACUACUACAGAAGCAAAUAAAAUCUGAUCGUGGAGGGUAACUGCUCAGAUCACUAUCACAUGAUACUGUAACACUACUACAGCCUGUUCUCCCCUCAGAAACGUCAGUCUAGGUCGUGUGUACAGGCAGCGAAAAACAAACUGUAUGUCCCUGCAUUCUGUUAGAGGCUGGGGUGGUGGAUAGUGGUGGAUAGUGGUCGACCGAUACAGGUUUUUUAAGGCCGAUACCGAUUAUGUUGACAUCAGUCUUAACCAAUCCCCGAUAUGUGCUGCCGAUUUUUUUGGGCCAAUUCUUGAAGCCGAUAUUGCCUUUUCUCCCUCCAUUUACAUGAUAAAAAUGACACAAUGAUAACAAAUGUUACACAAGUCUCAAUUUAAACAACAAAAGAAACAUUUAUUAACAAAACAAACAAAACAUAUUAACAGUUGGAUAGGCCGAUGCCGAUACAAGUCAAAAACGCAAAUAUCGGUCUACCUCUAGUGAUGGAUGGGUCUGACUUUCACCCAGGAGAGUAGGGUUCGCAUCCCAUGUGAAAACAAAAGUAAGUUAUUUUCAUCAGUGUCAUGUAAAACCAUUGUAUUGUAUAUGAAGGUCUUUCCAAUGUGCAUAAAAAAGUGUUAACAUGCAUUUUUUAUGAAAAACAAGUGAAUUAUCCUCAUUAGACCAUGAUCUGUGAGAGGUAAAGAACAGCACUGCGUUAAAUAUUGGUUGAAAAGGUUAGUAAUGGAGUUAAUAAUGAAAUAUAAACAAUGUGUUUUUUAGUUUCUGACACUUUUGUAUAAUUAAACAUGCCCCUUGGUCAAAUUGACCUAUGAACAGAGAAACGAACAUAACAGGAGGAUUAAAUUGUCUUUCAAAACGCCUUACCAGGACAUUUUUUUCCCUAAGCCUAGAUCAGUGGUUUUGUAACAUAAAUCCACAAAAACGUUUGUGCUAUUUUUAGAAAGCGGCGCUGUACCGCAAACUGUGAAACGCAAGCCGCGAUACUUACGUACAUUUAAGUGUCGGAAUUUGUAAUUUGUGGCACUGACUACUGAUGUGCCAAUGAAGCCUCAUGAACCAUUUUCAUUAUUUUUGGAGUCCACUAGAUGGUGCUGUUGGUUUUAACCCUUUAUCAGACAAAAAACUAUAUUUGGUAACUUCAGGUAAUAUU